UAUACUGUACUACUGUCAAAGUUAGUUGUCGACACAGCAUCAUCAUAUCCACCUCUCCAUCCAUUCAUAUAUUUAUAUAUAUCUGCCAUAUAUAUAUAUUUCAUAAUAAUCAUCAUUAUAUAUAAUUCAAUUUCAAUCAGGUUAGAUGGGAUCCGGGUCGGGUCAAUGGUCGGUUGAAAAAAGAGCAGAACUGAACAGGAGUGAAUCUGUGGUGCCUGAAUAUGUACCUGAAAAAGGAUGUUUGUCAAUUAUCGUACUUGGUGCUUCUGGUGAUUUAGCUAAAAAAAAGACUUUUCCUGCCCUUUUUCAUCUUUAUCGACAAGGUUUCACUCAGAAACAAGAUGUUCAUGUUUUCGGGUACGCCCGGACCAAGAUUUCUGAUCAAGAUUUGCGAGAUCGUAUUCGUGGAUAUCUUACACCUUGUAAAGGUUGUGAGAAUACACACGAGGAGGAUGUUAACCAGUUUCUGCAGUUGAUCAAAUACGUGGCUGGGGCUUAUGAUACCGAGGAGGGAUUUAAAUCACUGGACAAGGCAAUCUCUGAAUACGAGCUGUCUACAAACAGUACAGAAGGAUCAUCCAGGAGGCUCUUCUACCUAGCCCUUCCUCCAUCCGUAUAUCCAUCUGUCUGCAAAAUGAUAAAGAGUUACUGCAUGAAUAGAUCUGAUCUUGGUGGUUGGACUAGAAUUGUUGUUGAGAAGCCUUUUGGUAGGGACUUGGAAUCUGCUGAAGAACUCAGUUCUCAGAUUGGGGAACUGUUUGAUGAGCCACAGAUUUAUCGUAUUGAUCAUUAUUUGGGAAAAGAGUUGGUGCAGAACUUGAUGGUACUUCGUUUUGCAAAUCGCUUCUUCUUGCCUCUAUGGAAUCGUGACAACAUCUCUAAUAUACAGAUUGUGUUCAGAGAGGAUUUUGGGACUGAUGGUCGUGGAGGAUAUUUCGAUCAAUAUGGAAUUAUUAGAGACAUCAUUCAGAACCAUCUAUUACAGGUGCUUUGCCUAGUUGCUAUGGAAAAGCCUGUUUCUUUGAAGCCUGAGCAUGUUCGAGAUGAGAAAGUCAAGGUUCUUCAAUCUGUUCUUCCUAUUGAAGAUAGUGAAGUUGUCCUUGGACAGUAUGAAGGGUAUACUGAUGAUCCCACAGUCCCUGACAGCUCAAACACUCCCACUUUUGCCACCGUGGUUCUCAGGAUUCACAACGAACGAUGGGAAGGUGUUCCCUUUAUCAUCAAGGCUGGGAAAGCAUUAAAUUCAAGAAAGGCAGAAAUUCGGGUGCAAUUUAAGGAUGUUCCUGGAGACAUAUAUAGAUGUCAAAAGCAAGGCAGAAAUGAGUUUGUCAUUCGACUACAACCCUCAGAGGCAAUGUACAUGAAGCUAACAGUCAAGCAACCUGGGCUUGAGAUGAGCACGGCUCAGAGUGAAUUAGACUUGUCCUAUGCUCAACGAUAUCAACAGACUAUUAUUCCAGAGGCUUAUGAACGUUUGAUUCUUGACACAAUUAGAGGUGAUCAACAACAUUUUGUUCGUCGAGAUGAGCUAAAGGCUGCUUGGGAGAUUUUCACUCCUCUUUUGCACAAAAUCGAUAGAGGUGAAAUGAAACCACUACCAUACAAGCCUGGUAGCAGAGGUCCCGAGGAAGCAGACAAGUUGGCAGAAAAAGCUGGUUAUGUUCAAACCCAUGGAUACGUAUGGAUACCCCCAACUUUGUAGAAUCUCAAAAACUCACCUGGUGCCUACAUGAGUGUUAAUGUGUCUAAUAAGAACGUCAUGAUCUUCGCUAUUAUAUGUAUGUAGUCUUUGUGUUAUUAUCAAUCUGAUUGGCCAGGUUCGGGAACAUGUAUACAUCAUGGUUUGUACGCCUCAACUACAGGUUUUGAUAAACUCAUAUUUUGAUGCCAAUAAAUCUAAUUCUGGUUGCUGUGCA